AUGCCUCUCCAAAUUCCUCACCCCAACACCGCCCUCCAUCUAUACCGGCACCUCUUGAGAGAAGCGACCUACCUCCCGCCCCUCGCGCGGCCCUGGACAUAUUCACAGAUCCAGUCGAGAUUCCGCGACCGUCAACACCCCGAAACUCCAAAGAAGCGCUACAUCCAGUCUGCACACCGUUCACUGCGCUAUCUGCGCUCUGCGAAUGCCGGCCAUGCCGACCGCAUGCUGCGCAUAUGCUUCCUUGCCACCGGCCGGCUAGGCAAGAGGAGACGUCUGCUCUCUUCGACCUACCUCUCGACUCCGCCGCCCGAGGACUCGGCAGCCCUCGAAGAUACUACUGACCAAAACUCGUCGGCCUCUUCGGAUGCCCUGCCACGACUUGAGUUAGCUGCCUGGGGCACGGCACCUAACGAGGCCCAUAUUCCAAAAAAGAAGGGUUUCAAGAAGGUUCUGCCGGCUACUUGUAGCCCUUCCUGGAUGGAGAAUUGGGAUUUGGUAAAGGUCAAGGCAUUGGCACAGUCUCAGUACCUUCAACAAGAGGCCACGGUCGAUUGGGUAGCCAAGAACAAGAUUCGACGCACGAUUGACCCCAAGAUGACCGUGGUUACCGAAAAUUGCUGGGGUCUGCCCUUGAAGCCUCGCCAGAUGACCAACAGACUGCAGAAACAUUGGAAAUCUGUGCUUAGCUCUGUCAUGGCACCCUUGCCCCAGGAAGAGUGGGAUCUCUUGAAAGCGGUCGUGGAGGGAACUGCUCCAAAGAGCAUGCAUUCAGUACCCAAACGGAGACCAGUGGCAGUUUCAUUACUUGCAGACGCACAGAAUGCGACUUCUAGCACGGGGAAGAAUCAGGGAAUCUGGGACUGGGAGAAACAUGCGACUACUCCAAUUCGCAAACUGGAGAGACACAACUCGCGAAGAAAAAUGGCCCUUUCUGGAAGCAUGCCCGAACACCCACAAUUUCAAGAUCAUCCCGUUGAUGUCCGCACUCUCACGCCUUCAUUUCUCAGAAGCGCCAUCUACAGCAAGGUCUGGCAGCUUUCACCCGCCAUGGAGAAGAACGCCAAGGGCAAAUGGACGGUAACUUGGGGGAGCGAACCAAUGCCCAAACCGUCUACUGCAAAAGCGUCCCAUGCCAGGUUCUUCCAGGGUGUUGACACGAAUGGCAAGGUCGUGGGUUAA